AUGCCCUCUCCUCUUCGUACAGAACCUCUCAGUUGUCCGAAUGGUCUCCAAGUUGGUAAAAAUGUGUUAUUUGAGACUGUGGGAGAAAACGAGUUCAGAGCAGCUAAUCUGCACAGCGGCCAGCAGCUCGUGUGUAAGAUUUUUCCCAUCUCUAGAUAUUUGCGGUCAGUGGCCGUCUACCAUCACCUUCCUGUCCACCCCAACCUCAGCCAGCUCACAGAAACUGUUGUUGGGGAAACAAUGGCUUAUGUGUUCUUUGAUCUUGUGAGUUAUGGAAACAUGCGCACGUAUGUUCAGACCUCCAGAAGCUUAGAUGAAGAUGAAGCUUCACGACUCUUUCAUCAGAUGGUGUCUGUUGUGGCACAUUGUCACAACAAUGAUGUUGUUCUGCGAGACCUGAAAUUAAGAAAAUUUGUCUUUAAAAAUCAAGAGAGGACUAUGUUGACUCUGUCCAACCUUGAAGAUGCACAUAUGAUGGAAAAAGGUGAUGAUUCUGUAUAUGGCAAGCACGGCUGCCCUGUCUAUGUCAGUCCAGAGGGCCUACGGGCAGAGGGCAAGUACUCAGGGAAAGCAGCAGAUGUAUGGAGUCUUGGAGUUAUGUUAUACACCAUUCUUGUUGGGCGUUACCCUUUCAGUGACUCAAACUCCAACAUCCUCUUCAGUAAAAUCCAGAGGUGUAAGUUCAGUCUUCCAGACACCCUCUCGCCUAAAGCCAUGUGUCUGAUACGGAGCAUCCUUCGAUUGGACCCUACAGAACGUCUAACGGCACAGGAAAUCUUGGACCAUCCUUGGUUUUCCUCUCCUAACUCUCAGAAAGUGUGGAGGAGUAUGUUCUAUCAAGAUGAUGAUCAAAUGGUUCCAGAAUUUUGUAGCUAA